GACAACUCAUUCUGGUGACUUCUCCCAGCCCAGCUGUUUUAAACACAGCGUGCACACGUCGGAGUAAGCUGCAGGUACUGCUGAAGAUCUAUAGACUUAGAGAAGGUAAGAAACCAUGGAAAGCCUCUGUGCAGCAAAUACCACUUUUGCCCUGGACCUCUUAAGAAAAUUGUGUGAGAAGAAAAGUGGGCAGAAUCUGUUCUUUUCCCCUUUUAGUAUUUCUUCUGCUUUGUCUAUGGUUUUGCUGGGUUCAAAAGGUAACACCGAAGCCCAAAUAACAAAGGUGCUUUCUCUGAAGAAAUCUGAGGAUGCUCACAAUGGGUAUCAAGCCCUUCUCUCUCAAAUUAACGAUCCAAACACCAAAUACAUCCUGAGAACUGCAAACCGGCUUUAUGGGGAAAAGACGUUUGAGUUUCUCUCAUCAUUUAUAGAGUCGAGUCAGAAAUCCUACCAUGCUGGACUGGAACCGACUGACUUCAUACAUGCGUGGGAGGAUUCCAGAAAACAAAUAAAUGGCUGGGUAGAGGAAAGGACUGAAGGUAAAAUUCAGAACCUGUUGGCAGAGGGGGUUCUUGAUUCCCUGACCAGACUUGUGUUGGUGAAUGCCAUCUAUUUCAAAGGCAACUGGGAAAAGCAGUUCAACAAAGAGAGAACCACAGAAAUGCCAUUUCAGAUCAACAAGAAGGAGACCAAGCCUGUGCAGAUGAUGUUCAAGAAGGAUACAUUUAACAUGACCUAUAUUGGGGACUUCCAGACCAAAAUCCUUGAGCUGCCCUAUGUCGGUAAUGAACUCAGCAUGAUCAUCCUGCUCCCUGAUGCCAUCCAGGAUGGAUCCACGGGCUUGGAAAGACUGGAAAGAGAACUUACAUAUGAGAAGCUGAUAGAUUGGAUCAAUCCUGAAAUGAUGGACUCAACGGAGGUGAGGGUGUCUUUACCUAGAUUUAAGCUGGAAGAAAAUUAUGACCUGAAACCCAUUCUGAGCAGCAUGGGAAUGCCUGAUGCAUUUGACUUGGGGAAAGCAGACUUCUCGGGAAUCUCAUCUGGAAACGAGCUGGUGCUCUCUGAAGUGGUUCACAAGUCCUUUGUGGAAGUCAACGAAGAAGGCACUGAAGCAGCUGCUGCCACAGCUGCAAUAAUGAUGAUGCGCUGUGCAAUGAUUGUUCCAGAUUUCACUGCUGAUCAUCCCUUCCUCUUCUUCAUCCGGCACAACAAAUCUUCCAGCAUUUUGUUCUGUGGCAGGUUUUGCUCUCCCUAAAGAGGAAGUGUCUUUGCACGAUAGGCACCAUUACACAAUAAAGAUUUCUUGAGAAUAGGGCAACUCCUUUUGCACUAAUUGUCUCUUUGAGCUGUGCCUGAACCCUCUUCUGUGGUCUUGAUCUCAGGCUUGGCAAGAAUAACAGAGCUGCUUAGACCUGCACAGCAAGUGCCGUGUAAAACACCUCUCUCCCUGUGCAAGUGGGUGCAGAGGUC